CGUCUGACUGGAGCUAUACCAGCUUGUAGCUAGCCCCUCUUCCGAGCGGCAAGGGCACCCACCUCACAGCCGAUGGCAACCAUGUGGAGAGAGAGGUUCUAGAUUCGUUUGACUACAUGGGGUGAACCGGUCUCCUUUGUGGGUGUCGGUGGGAAAAGGGAAAGGGGGGCUGUGUUGGAAGCUACGACAGGAGAGAAGCAAGCUAAAAGGGGAUGUUGGCCCAAGCUCCUUGCAUUCAAUGAGCGGUGGACAACUCGGGUUGUUUUUUCCGCCUUCCGGGUGCCGGUGGAAAAGCUUAAUUCGACAGUGAGGGGAGGUUCCUGAUAUCAGGGCUGGGAUGGGUGCUGAGCUGGAUGGGUAUGAGUGAUUUUCUGGUGGUGGUUAGGGGGAUACUGAGGCAAGGUACUUAGGUAGGGGACUUGGGGUACAUAUUACCUUGGUUGGUUGGGUGGUAGCUCUUUCCACCCGACACGAGGAGUAUCGCUCCUUCCGGCAUCGCGAAAGCUUGAGGCAAGUGCUAGGUGCUUCGUCACACCUUCCUCCCAAAUGCGAGAGGCGGUGGUCUCGACCGACUUUCAUCGCCGUGGCAAUGCAUUUCACGCAUCAUGGGAUUCGGAAUGGGGUUGAGGGGUUUUGUGGUGUUUCGUGUUACGUAUUUCUCUGAGCACUCAUUGUCAUGGCUAUUUUGAGAUUGGUGCGUUGAAUGCCGCGGCAGAGCAUGUGCCCUUGCUGUGAUAUCCCGGGAGAGGGCUUGCCUCUAUCGAGGAAUAAUCUCCAGGACCAGCAGUGGCACAAUUGAAGGGCCGCGGCGUGGGAGGGGGAGGUACUGUACGUACUUGGGCAGUGCCUCCUCGGAGUGGUUCUCAUAAGAAGCUGGUACGCCCUUUGUCCAGUCGGGUGUUAUCAGUCUCACUUCUCCUACCUGUUCCUUCCUCCCUCUGCACUGUCUUGACUCUAUCUUGUAACACCAGUCUUACCCAUAUUAUCCCCGAUUGACUCGUAAUGGGUAAACGAGGAGACAAAUCUCGCAUUCGAUGGCAGGAUAACGACGUUGAGGCCGGUCGGUCUGCGAGCCGACCGGUUCAAGGUCCUGGGCUUGAGCGUACUCGCUCUCAUGGUUCCAUGUCAAUUCGGAGUGUUCGUUCGAAUACCGGUGGUGGUAUGGAUCCCUCUGCGGCGCUGCCUAUUCAGUACCGGACUGUCUCCAUCGACAUUGAUGAUUACAACCGCAAGGCUGAAGUGGCCAACAAGGUCUCAAAGGCUUCUGCGACAGGUACUUUGUUUUCUCUUGGUCACAUUUGCGGUUCGGGAAGGCUGACGAUAUGUCUGAUGAUGACAGGCCUUGCCGACCUCGAAUGGCACACCCUUCCCGUUGCUGACGUUGUCAAUCGCUGGACCACCUCCCUCGACCAAGGCCUCUCUCAAGACCAAAUCAAGCGCCGCGUCACUGAAUAUGGCAAAAACACGCCCUCUCCCCCGGAGACCCACCACUUCCAACAAAUCAUGGGCUACUUCUUUAAGGGCUUCGGUUCUGUCCUCCUCGUCGGCUCCAUCCUCGUCUUCGUUGCUUGGAAGCCCCUGGGACAACCCCCGGCCCAGGCCAACUUGGCCUUGGCUAUCGUCUUGCUUGCUGUGUUCUUCAUUCAGGCCGCCUUCAACAUGUGGCAGGACUGGUCGUCGUCUCGGGUCAUGGCUUCCAUCAAGAAUAUGAUUCCUGAGGAGUGUCUUUUGAUUCGGGAAGGCGUUCAGGUUUCGGCCAUGGCUGCUGAUAUUGUUCCUGGAGAUGUGUUGCUGGUCAAGGCGGGGAAUAAGUUGCCGGCGGAUGUGAGGUUUGUGCAGGUGUCGAGUGAUGCUAAGUUUGAUCGGUCGAUCCUUACUGGUGAAUCGGUCCCUCUUGCUGCCACUGUUGAUGCUACGGAUGAGAACUACCUCGAGACCAAGAACAUUGGUUUGCAGGGCACCCAUUGCUCGUUUGGUACUUGCACUGGAGUUGUUGUCGCAACUGGCAACAAGACGGUGUUUGGACGGAUUGCCAAGUUGACCAAUGAGCCUAAGAAGGGGAUGACGCCUCUUGAGAGGGAGGUUCUCAACUUUGUCUAUGUCAUUUGUUCCAUCAUGGUGGUUAUGAUCAUUGCGGUUGUUGUUAUUUGGGCCGCCUGGCUGAGGACUACGUAUCCAGACUGGAUCAGUGUCCCUAAUCUAAUCGUUGCUUGUGUGUCGGUUGCUGUGGCUUUCAUUCCUGAAGGCUUGCCAGUAGCGUUGACGGCCAGUCUGACGAUCAGUGCGAAUAUGAUGCGGAAGAACAAGGUCUUGUGCAAGUCGUUGAAGACUGUUGAGACGCUUGGGUCUGUGUCUGUCAUUUGUUCGGACAAGACUGGGACACUGACAGAAAACAAAAUGGUGGUCACAGACUGUGCCCUUGGUGGCAAGGAAAUGACUGUGGAUGGCAUCCUCGAUGUUGCCAUCGCCGAGCGACUUACCAACGGUGACAUGGCGAGCAACUCCAUUGACCAGCUGCGCAGCGUUGCUGGGCUUUGCAACGCUGGAGAGUUUGACGCUGCCACGAGGAACCUGCCCGCUAGCGAAAGAAAGAUUCACGGUGACGCUACUGACCAAGCCAUUCUGCGGUUUGCAGAAGGCUUGGGUCCUGUGUCUGAGCUCAAGCGCUGCUGGGCUACGAAGUUCAACCUCGCCUUCAACAGCAAGAACAAGUUCAUGAUUCGCGUUCUGGGAUACACCCAUCCUGAUGGGCUGAGCUUGGCUUUGCCAACUGGAACGGCGUCUGUCUUUGAGCCUGGCGAUAUGCUCUUGACUAUCAAGGGAGCUCCAGAGAUAUUGAUGGACCGUUGUACCAACUUUACUGGUAGUUCGGGCGUUGCCAUGACCUUGAAUCCUGAAGUUAGAGAGAAGUUCAACCGCAUCAAGAAUGAUUGGUCUGCACAAGGGCGUCGGGUGUUGCUUCUGGCCCACAAAGCACUCUCCAGGCGCUCCUUUAAGUCGUCUCCCUCGUCCUCGGCUGCCUUUGAGGCAGAGACUUUGGAGCAAGCCAAAUCUGGACUCACCCUCGUGGGCCUGGUCGCUAUUGUUGACCCUCCCCGGCCUGAGAUCCCAGAGGUGGUCAAGACUCUUCGUACGGCUGGCAUUCGCAUGUUUAUGGUCACUGGAGACUUUGCCUUGACGGCCCAAGCUAUCGCUAGAGAGUGCGGCAUCAUCACCAACCCAGACAGCGUUGUCGCUAACGUCACCGCUCUGUCCCGGGAGCCCACCGAAACAAAAAAUCACAAGGAUCACACUCCGUCUGAAGAAGGCGACGAGGAGCUCUCAAAGUCCAUCGUGCUGACCGGCCCAGAUCUCAUCACCCUCAACAGCACCCAAUGGGACGCUCUCGUCUCCUACAACGAAGUCGUUUUUGCCCGAACAACCCCCGAGCAAAAACUGCGAAUCGUCCGUGAGCUCCAGGACCGCGGUCACGUCGUGGGCAUGACAGGCGACGGCGUUAACGACGCCCCCGCCCUCCGCGCAGCAGACAUUGGCAUUGCCAUCGGCGGCGGGAGCGACAUUGCCAUUGAGGCCGCUGACAUGGUCCUUCUCGAGUCCUUCUCCAGCGUGGUCGAAGCGGUCCGCUUUGGUCGGGUGCUGUUUGACAACCUCAAGAAAACCAUCGCGUACCUCCUCCCCGCUGGAAGUUUUGCUGAGUUCUGGCCCAUCAUGACAAACGUCGCUUUUGGGCUGCCGCAGAUUUUGAGCUCGUUUUUGAUGAUCAUUAUUUGCUGUUUUACGGAUUGUCUGGCUGCUACCGCGCUGGCGUAUGAAGCUCCCGAGGCGGAUGUUUUGAAGCGGCCUCCGAGACGGGUCGGGGUGGAUAGAUUGGUCGAUUGGAGGUUGAUUGUGCAGAGUUAUGGGUUUGUGGGUGUGAUUGAGACGGUGGUGGCCUUUGCGAUGGCGUAUUGGUUUUUGGAGAGGGAGGGGGUCAAGUUUGGGAAUUUGUGGUUUGGGUUUGGGAGGGUGCCGGGGGGUAUGUCGGGAGAGGAGGUUGUAGCGAGGUUGAAUGUGGCUAGUUCGGUGUACUUUGUGACGUUGGUUGUGAUGCAAUGGUUCAAUUUGUUGGCGGUUAGGACGAGAAGGUUGAGUAUUUUUCAGCAUCCGCCGUUGUUUAACAAGGAGACGAGGAACUACUACUUGUUUCCGGCGGUGUUGUUUUCGUUGGUGAUGGCGUUUUUUUGGUUGUAUAUUCCGAGUUUGCAGAGUGUUUUGGGGACGGCGGAGGUGCCGGUGGAGUAUUGGUUCUUGCCAAUGUGUUUCGGGUUGGGCAUUUUGUUGUUGGAUGAGGGGAGGAAGUGCAUGGUGAGGAGGUAUCCUGGGGGGUUUUGGGGGAGGGUAGCUUGGUGAGAUGUUAUGACGGCGAGGGGAACUAGGGAGGGGAUUUUGAUGGGACAUAUGUAGCCGAUUCUGAUAAGAGUGAAUUUUCUUUUUCACAUGAAUGAAAGAGUGGGUGGUGAAAUAAAAUAUCGAGGCUUUGUUUUCUA